CUUCAAAAGGAAAGAAAAGGCGACAAAAAAAAUUUUCAUACGAAUCGAAGUAUGAUUCACUUUAAUGCAUUUAUUAUGCGCGACAAGGAAUGUCGGCGUGUCGCGUUUAAGUGACAACGACAAUGGCUCCGCCGGUUGUAACGAUUUAGCUGGAAUACACCAGGCCAAACCUAGCGACAAUAGGCCGCCACGCGAAUAGAGAGGAGAAAAAGGAAAAGAUGAGGAUAAAAGGAGGGAACGUAAGCCGGUGACGAUGUUCCUCGUGGUACGUGACAGGAUGCACCGCCACGUGCCCGCUUUGCGGGUGGUUGGCGAGCACAUUCAAAGGUGGAACUUCGUCAUCGAGAAGUAUCUGUUCAACUCAUCGCAAAACACACAGCCCCACCAGACCCAGGACAAAGACAAUAGCCGAGAUAGAUCGCGACUUCCGUCUUCUUCGGUACCCCGGAAAGCGAGGAAAAAAACCGGGUGUCCUUCUAUCGCGCGAUCUCAUCUCCUCGAGAUGGCGACAGGCCCGCCUGUCGACCAACGAAGAGGGGCCCCAACCGAGGAACAACUGUGCGUAGCCCGAGCAAGAAGAGAGGAGCCAAGCCAAAGGAACCAAGAAAAAGAAACUUCGGUCGGAGAAAAGUCAACCGAUGGAACAACGACAGAGGACAACUCACCGAGAAAGAAGAAGAAGAAGAAGAAGAAGAAGAAAAAGUCGACGUAUAGACUCGUGCGGCUGGCCUUGAUUCAUUCAGACCCUUUUUAUCUCGAGAAUUCGUCCCGGAAAGGACGCUCGAUUUCUCGGAACCUUCUCUCGGUCCCCUCGGGAUCCGAGAUUUAGGCCGGGGCCCGUGGUCGCUGAUAGCAGAAGAGAGAAGCGGACGCAUCAAUGGGCUCCAUUCAAACUCGGGUCCAGAUCCUAUCUAAGAGUGGUUUUCGGGGCCCAGGACAUCGAUCUUGGUCCCCCUAAUUAUUUCCAAGAUGGAGAUCGUCGUGGUCCUAGCACACGGCUCGGUAUCGAGGCUAUUUUGGGUCCACGAGGAGAGAGAGAGACAGAGAGGAGUGUACCUGCUUUCUUUGGGCCUUGCGUAUCCUAUGGCGACGGACGCUUGGCCGAUUGGUCACGCUCGCGGGCCCGCUUCGAAACGAUUUCGCACGGUUUUCGUGGACAUGUCUCUCGAUGCUCUUGCCGACUUUUGUACUGGAGACACGAGAAAGAUCGCCGUGGAUAAUCGCUUCUUGGCAUCGGUCAGACGAUGUUGUAUCAAUUUAGCUUCCGUUCCGACUUCGUUCAGAAAGGUGAAUAUACACUGAAUGAUACGUGAAUGAUACUACUAUAUUC